AUGAGAAAUGCCCGCAGCAGUUUCUCAAGGAAUCCCUUGCUGAGGGUAUCUCGGCCUGUGUCAGCAUGCUCGCGAUGUCGCUCUGCCAAGGUCAAGUGCGACGGCAAGCUGCCAGCCUGCACGGCCUGUGAAAGAGCAGGCCGUGAAAACGACUGUUCGGCUGCCAAUGACCAGUUUGCCAGAGGCAAGGAGCGAAGCUAUGUGGCCGCGCUUGAACUCCGCAUAGAAAAGCUCGAGCGACGGCUCAGCUAUGCCAAAUCUCGCAAAGCGUCUGUUGUGCAACAUGAAGCCGACGGAGUUUCUCACAUCAAUCUUGGUGAAUCAGACAGGAGGGAUUCCCUGGCCGUUAUCCGCGACGCGAUCCAUCGCAAGGCGGCCCGGAACCGAGAGAACUCGGAUGUCAACUCGUUGAUAUCAGACUUUGGCAUUCUGUCCGUGGAUGCCACCACCCGAGACUUUGAGCCAUCAAUAGGCAACAUUACGUUUGCGAGGCUGGUCCUGGCAGCAACCGCAAAGGAUCCAUUGCCCCAGUCCAGCCAGUCCAAGCUGCCCUCCAAACAGCUUGCCCAUAGUCUAGUUGAGUACUUCAUGUCAAACGUGUACUGCCUGUUUCCCUGUUUCUCGGAAACGGCUCUUCUGACCACCUUGGACGAUGUGUUUCGUCAAGACGAUCGCGCCGUCAAAGACUCUGACUACUGGUUGCUCUACCUUGUUCUUGCCAUAGGCUCAACCGCCCAGAGUCGCGCGAGCAACGAUGAACGCUACGGCAACGGCGUUGAUUUCGUCUGCAGGGCGCUUGCGUACGCGGACAGAGCCCUUGCGCCUGGAUACGUUGCCCAGAUUCAGUCGCUACUGUUGCUGACCGUCUACUCCAUGCUGGAUCCGGCACACUUUGACACAUGGCAUCUCAUCGGGCUCACCGCGCGGGCCGUGGUUGACUUGGGUCUUCACCAAGAUCCGCCAAUGACCUCGACGUCUGAUGGAUCGGCUCUGAAUAUGCGGCGCAACAUUUUCUACUGCACCUAUGCGCUCGAUCGCGCCAUUAGCAUGGUCCAUGCGCGGGCUUUCUCCUUUACAGACGAGUCCAUCAAUGUCGCCUUUCCUCAACCAACCGCUGUGGGCGACGGGCAGUUGAUUACACGACGGAACUCAGGGUCUGCCGACUCGGCACUGCUGCUCUUCCAGCUUCGCCGGGCGCAGUCCUACUGGUACCAGGCUCUCUAUCAGUCCGAACCGACCCCGUUGCCCAGCCCCGCCGCCUUCCUCUGGCAAAUGUGCCUGGACAUGAGGGAGUGGCAGGACUCGCUUCCCGGCACCCUCCCACCAGCCGUCCGGCAAAUGUUUGAGCAAGAGCUGCGUUACAGCCACGUGUACUGCCUGGCGCCGUGCGCCCGAGCGCCGCAGAUGACGGACUACACCCGGCUUUUGAUUUUUGAAUACUCGCUGGAGUACCUGGAGAUUAUGCACGACGUUGCCUUCCGGGGCUUGAACGGCGCCUUUUACACGUACCAUGACGCUCUUAAGGUGUACUUCAUGGCCAACCAGUUCCUGGCGGUUUUGCGAGACGCUCAAGACCUGAUCUUGUCCGGGGCACGUGUGCCGCCGCCGCCUGCUCCGCCCGGGUCAGCUCCCCCGCCUCCCAUCCCGCGGCGCCAUCUCCGGCCUGGCGUUCCGCUGGACAGCAACCUGGACAGGAGCCUGGGGUGCUUGGAACGAGUCCCAAAGACGCUGAAGCUGUACAGCGUGCGGUGGGCCGACGCCAUGAUGCUGAAGCAGAGCUGGGAGCAGCUAUCCAACGAAACCGUGGAGCGACUGCGAAGCGUCCACCAGCAGCUGUCGGGCGUCCCUCUCAACCAAGGCCACGUGCAGUAUGCAAACAGGAUGCCGUCGGCGAGCCAACAGGGAGUACUUCAAACCCCCGUAGGCCCCGGGCAGCAGCAGCAGCAGCAACCGUCGGCGGCGGGCGUGGGAUGGGUCAAUGUCGAGGCUGCGCAAAUGAUGCGCGGCCCAGGGUGA